AUGGCGCCGGGGCCGGGGCUGGUGCCGCUGGCCGCGCUGCGUGAUAUAACAGAGAAACAAAUCCUUUCUGUAGGUUCGCAAAUGCUGCUGCACAUCACGGUUCCCCAGAGGUUGCUCUCAAAAACAGCUGGAGAGACGGACACGGUGUCCUACGUCCUCGGGAUAGAGGGGAGGCCGUACACCCUUCACCUGCGGCAGCAAUUCUUUUUAUCCGAUGAUUUCAGGAUUUACACGUACAACGAGAAGGGAUCUUUGCGCUCUGACUCGCCCCAUGUCAAGGGAGGCUGCCACUACUGGGGCUACAUCGAUGGGUUCCCCAACUCGGCAGUGACCCUCAGCACCUGCUCGGGGCUCAGGGGCUUGCUGCAGUUUGAGAACGUCAGCUACGGGAUCGAGCCCCUGGGUUAUUCUCCUGCCUUCGAGCACUUUGUGUAUCGCGUGAGCGACGAGAAGGCGGCAGGUUCCCUCUUUGCCACCGGCCGCCGCGAGGGAGGGCCGGGGCGGCUGACGGCAGAGGAGGUGUCGUCCAAAGCGCGUGGAGAUGGCGAAGUGACGUCCAAGUACCAGAGAGAGCUGGCACUCCACGUCGUUUUGGAAAGGGCUUUGUACGACCACCUGGGUGCAGACGACUAUGUUGUGACGCAGAAGAUAGUUCAGGUCUCCAGCUUGCUCAGCAGCAUGUUCAGGUCUCUUAAUCUGACAGUUAUGCUGUCCUCCAUGGAGGUCUGGAUGGACAACAGUACAUUUAAGACAACAGGGCGUGGAGAAGAAGUGCUGGCGCGGCUCUUGAAGUGGAAGCAGACCAGCCCCACUGUGCAGCCCCACGAAGUGCCGUACCUGCUCCUGUACAGGGACCGAGCAGCGUUCGUGGGCGCAACGGCUCCGGGAAAGGCGUGUCAGAGGGACGCUGCCGGCGCGGUGGCCGUGUACCAAGGGGCCGUGACGCUGGAGUCCUUCUCCGUCCUCCUGGCCCAGCUGCUGGGACGCAGCCUGGGCGUGAGCUACGACGACUCCCGCGACUGCCGCUGCCCCGGGCGCGUCUGCCUCAUGAGCCGGGAGGCGCUACGUUUCAGUGGGGCGAAAGCCUUUAGCAGCUGCAGCAUCGGCGACUUUGAAACCUUCCUGAAGCAGAACAGGGACUGCCCUUUCAUCCGGCACACUCUGCGUCAGCCUUCCUACCGCGCCGCCGUCUGCGGCAACGGCGUCGUGGAGCCCGGCGAGCAGUGCGACUGCGGGGGAGCGGAGGCCUGCGCCUUAGACAAGUGCUGCACUCCGCAGUGUAAAUUCAAACAAGGAAUGAAGUGCUCCUUCGGAUUAUGUUGUGCAAAUUGCCAGUUCAAGCAGAAGAACUCGCAGUGCCGCCCCGCCGCCGAUGCGCAGUGUGACCUGGCCGAGUUCUGCAACGGGUCCUCCGCGUCCUGCCCCCCCGACCUGUACGUGCAGGACGGGCACGGCUGUGAGCGCGGCACCGGCUACUGCUACAAGGGGCGCUGCCAGUCCCCGGACCUGCAGUGCCAGCGGCUCUACGGGAGAGGUGCAAAAAAUGCUCCCUUGGCCUGUUACGAAGAAGUCAACAGUCAUCAGGACAGGUUUGGGCACUGUGGCAACCACCCGAAGGACGGCUAUCAGCCCUGUUCCUGGCCGAAUCUGGGAUGUGGAAAGCUAGUGUGUACGUACCCGAAUCGUAUUCCCUUCACAAAAGUCAAGGGUGCCAUAAUUUAUGCUCAAGUGCAAGGACAUCUCUGCGUGUCUUUCGAUUUUCUGCGUGGACCCACGGCGCUAGAUCCUCUCCUGGUAAAAGAAGGAACAAAAUGUGGUCCUGGAAAGGUUUGUAUGAACGGCACGUGCCACCCACAUUCGGUCCUCAAGUAUGACUGCAACGUGCAGAAAAAAUGCCACGGGCAUGGAGUGUGCAAUAACAAGAAGAACUGCCACUGCGAUCCGGGCUGGAACCCCCCGAGGUGCAAGACUCGAGGAUCCUCUGUCGGCGGCAGCAUCGACAGCAUGCUGGGCCGCGGUCAUAUCACCCAAAGCUCUGCCCCAGCCGUGCUGAAGAACUGGCUGCUGCUGAGCCUCAGCAUCAUCCUCCUCGCCCUGGUCUGUGGCACUGUCGUGAUCAUGAAGCGGAGCCAGCUGAAAAGAUUCUGUGCAAGGAGGGGAUCGCACGCGGAUGGCGACGGCCGCGACACGGACACGGACACGGACCCGGACCCGCAGCCGGACCCGCAGCGGGAGCCGGACCCGCAGCCGGGGCCGCGGCGCGGAGUGGGGUGCAGCGGGCAGGCAGCGCGGCCCCCGGCCCCUCUGCGGGGUGGCGGCCGGGGUCCGGGGAGGGCCGCGGCCUCGUGCGGUGGCCACCGCGUGUGGCCAAGGUGCCGAUCGCGAGGGCAUCAUCUCUGCUUUGUGCAUAGAGUGUUUUUGCCGGAGGAUUUCCGGAUCUAUACCGAUGGCCGAGGGGGGCUUGCGAGAUCCGAACUGGCGCAUAUCGAGCGUGACUGCUUCUACGAAGGCUACGUCGAGGGUUUCCCCAUUUCACUCGUGGCGCUUAGCACCUGCUCCGGCCUGAGCGGGAUCCUGCAGCUCGCGAAUGCCAGCUACGGGAUCAAGCCUCUGGAGGCUGCAGCCGGGUAUCAGCACCUCGUGUACCCAAUGCGGAAUGAAAACAUAGACAGUUGGCUGUUCAUAGAAAACGCCUCUCUUGCCCAGGCUGGGGAGGUGUCACGGCAGCGGGAGGAUGCAGUAGCAGGUAAACAGGCUGACAGCAGAUCCCCGCGGUAUCUGGAAAUGCACGCAGUUUUGGACAAGGCUCUGUAUGACUAUAUGGGAGCAGACAAGGAUGCUGUGACGGCCAAGAUAGUGCAGCUUUUCAGCUAUGUGAACAGUAUGUUUGCUCGCCUCAGUCUGACGAUAGCACUGUCUUCUCUGGAGUUUUGGACAGAAAAGAACAAAAUCCCAACCACGGGAGAUGCUGAGGAGUUGCUGCAGAGAUUUUUGCAGUGGAAGAAUGUGCAUCGUGUGCUGCGGCUGCAGGACAUAACAUUCCUAUUUGUUUACAGGGAGCAGACCCGUUAUGUGGGGGCAUCUUCUGCGAGGAAGCUGUGUCGCAGAAACCACGCUGGAGGGGUUGUCUUGUACCGGAGGUCUAUGACGCUGGAGGCGCUGGCAGUCGUCGUGGCCCAGCUGCUGGGCCUCGGCUUGGGGAUGGCGUUCGACGAUCCCGGCAGCUGUGACUGCGCUGGAGCCGCCUGCAUAAUGCAGGCCAGCUCGGUACACUCAACUGGUGUGAAAGCCUUCAGCAGCUGCAGCAUAAGAGACUUUCAGCGCUUUCUCGCCGCGGGAGAAGGGCAGUGCCUGCUGAACAGGCCAGCUCUGGAUGCAGCGUAUAAAGCUCCUCUGUGCGGCAACAAGGUGGUGGAGCCGGGAGAGGCUUGCGACUGCGGUUCAGCAGAGGAAUGUCAGCGCGACCCGUGCUGCGCCGUUGGCUGCAGGAUGAGGAGAGGGGCGCAGUGCCUGUCGGGACCGUGCUGCCGGAAUUGCCAGUUUUUGAAAAGAGGCACGUUAUGUAGAAGCAGCUCCGAGGACGAAGGUGGGUUGAAGGAGUAUUGCAACGGUACCUCUGGGGACUGCACACCCGAUCUCUGGGUCAUGGACGGGCACCCCUGCAGCAGGAACACUGCCUUCUGCUACCAGGGAGUCUGCCAGACAGCCGACAAGCAGUGUCAGAAGGUCUUCGGCCAAGGGGCCAAGAACGGGCCCUUGGCCUGCUACGAAGAAAUUAACAGCCAAAGGGACAGAAUGGGACAUUGUGGCUCCGAUCGGCACGGUUACCAGCAUUGUGCAUGGAAGGAUCUCCGAUGUGGGAAGCUCGUGUGUGAAUAUCCAGGCUCCAAGCCCUUUACCAAGGAGAAGGCUGCGGUGAUUUACGCUCGGGUGCAGAACACGCUGUGUGUGACAUUAGACUACAUGAAGCCUCUCACGGAGAGGGACCCCAUGCUGGUGAACAACGGCACUGUCUGCGAUGACCACAAGAUCUGCCUGAACCAGCGGUGUGUGCCUGCUGCAGUCCUGAACUAUAAGUGUGAGAUGAAGACAAAGUGCCACAAUCAUGGUCUGGCUAUGUCCUGCCGCUCCCUGCCUGUCAUGCAGGUCUGCAAUAACCAAGGGAGCUGCCAUUGCCAUCCUGGCUGGAAACCACCGACUUGCCAGGAGAAGGCAGGGGUGAUGGGCGGGAGCGGCAGCAGCGCGUCCAGAGAUGAUGAAGCAGAUGUCAGGAGAGGGGGCUCGCUGAAGCUGUGGCUGCUUCUGACCUUCUGUCUCUUUGUGCCUGUCACUGCUGGGCUCGUCCUCAUGGCACUAAGGAGAAGAGGCCCAAAGUGCUGUCUUGCCACAGAGGAGCUGGAUGGAGACAAGUUGGAAGACAAAGACUGUGUGGAUGAGGAAAGGAGCGUGUUGGAUGUGUAGCGGCACAGCAGGGAAGGAUGUUGAAACCGUCUGGGGCCUGGCAGCGUCGGGCCGCGAGAGCCAGGGAGCCCCGCACGGAGGAGCCAGGGAGGCCCGCGGAGGAGGCGCCCGCGGCGCCGGGCACGGGUGCGAAGGCUCCGCAGCCUGUGUAGUGGUCACCGUAAGCAUGUGUAGCGCGUCUCUUCUGGUGUUUGUUGUUCAGUAAAAGGUGUCUCUGAUCUCUGAGGGGCUGUGUCAUCCCUGCGGAGCGGUGCUGUGUGCUGGAGCCGUGCCUGCACUGGGAGGACCCCCCCAAGUGAGCGUAGGAGCCCCGGCUGUGAUGGUGUGGGCAAGGGCUGCUCCUGCCCAGGACACAGCCAGGAGACGUGUCCAGCCCUGGCACGUGCCCAGGGUGGUGCCAGCGACCGACCGACCGAGCGAGAGGUGCCUGCCAGCCCUGGCCCUCGCUGCACGUAGAGCCGGUGAGGCAGGAGGGGAGCAGGCCAGUCGCUGUCAGUCUGUGUCAGCCGCUGUCCCCAGGAAGGACCAGGCAGCAAACCUGGGAGAGGGGCUGCCCGACACCCCCGGGGGCAGCUGACUGCCCCGCUGCGGCACAGCACGGCCGCCUUAGCCUGCGGGCCAGGACAUCGCUAACCUCCAGCCCUGCCCCGGGGAGGGGCACCCACGUUUCCUGCAGUGCUCUCAGACCUGCACCCCACAGAGAUGCCUGUCUUGCUGUCCGUACCCCGAUUAACACAGCCCUUCCCUUUCCAUGCACCCACAGCGUCUCCCGCCCCGACCCCGGCGUGGGCAGCUCUCCGUGCAGGCAACACUCACGGUGCUACUUUUCCCCAGCAAACCUCUGUUUUGGCAGGGCCCCGCUCAGAGCAUCCUGCCAAGCCCCCCCGUCAAAUGGGGGGACCCACUGGGCCACCCCAGUGACCGUCAGCCGUGGGGACCCUGCCCAGCCAGGCGCCGGGAUGGGGUGGUUCCCAGCGGCGCCGGGGGGCUCAUGCCAUCGCGGCCAACACACAGGAAGAGCACGGGGCGGAUGCGCCGUCCCUGUCGUGGCCGCAGGCUCCUUCCCGCUGGCGUGGGGCCGGCAGGAGGGUGGGCUGGGGCGGCGGAGGAAGCCUGACUCAUUGGAGCAGGCGCCACACCAGGAAAUCCCCCCCGCCAUGCUGGGCGGCCCCCUCCCCGCCCUGGCUGCCGCCCAUGUCCUCUGGACAGGCAAACCAUGGUGCUCACCCUCACGCCUGGGUGGGCUCGAGGUGCCCUGCCUGGCUCCGGCACGCCCCAGCGAACAAUACCCUUCCAGCCUGUCCACGAGAAAGACCCACACAGUUGUGUCCCACCUCGGGCCUCCUGGUCCCAGCUAACCCCAGGGGGAAACGCAGGGGAGUGGGCGCAGAGAGAAAACAGCACCAGCGUGGCCUCGCUGCAGCCCGGCGC